GAAACGAUACAAACGACAACAUCAUACAAACGGUUUCCACAGGUCCUUAAGUCUUAAGGCCUUAAUGUGGAUAAAUUAUUUUGUCUUAAAUACAUUUUUUCAAAGGUCUUAACUAAAAAUAGGUAGACUGGGAGAUGGACUACUUUUUAUUAUCUUCUGUUUGCAUUGUGCACAGGGGAUGUAAAGAAUGGUUGAAAGGAUAGUGAUAUACUACAAUGGAAGGAACACAGUUUAGCUUGAGCCAGAGAUUGGCUGUGGUAACGGAGGUCGACUUGAAACUAUGGUAGACAGUUAACGUUAGUCUGCAACUACCAUAGGGAAAGUGCAAAUUCAACAAGAACUGGUUGGAGAACAGCCACUUUGCUUUGUGGUUAAAAUCAGUUGAAGGGAAUCAACACGAAGCCCGCUGUGUCUUUUGAAAGAAGUCCUUCAAAUUUGGCACUAAGGGAAUUAAAGCUGUAGAAUCCCAUAUGCUGUGUGAAAAACACAGAACCGCUGUGGAAAGCCACCAAACGGCCAGCAUUUCUCAGUUCUGUUCAGUUGUCUCCGUCUCAGUACCACAUACGACAGUCCAAGUACAGCCAGUAACGUUACCACUGCUCCAACAACUUCGUUGCUGGGAACCACAUCAAGCGAUCUCCGAACAAAGUUUGGCUCUAUGCCCACACUAAAAGUGGAGGUGUGAGCACCAGUCCUAUGCCAAUUAGGGACUUGAAGUGGUCUUUCAGGCGAUGUUCUCUGGCUCAGAAAUCACCAAGACAUGUAAAUGCAGGAAGGACAAAACCGCCUACAUCACACAAUUUGAGAUUAGCUUGUUUUUUUUUAUUUAAGGGACCAAUGUCCAAUGUGAACAAGGGCACGUUUGGUUUGACGAAAGCUUCAACCAAAAGACAAAGUAAAAAACUGGACCUGCACGUAUGCUAUUGAAAGGAAUCACAUUCAGUCAAGGUACCUGGGGUCGCAGUUCAUUGGAUUGAGAACUUGCCUGUGGUGGAGAGGGCUAUAGAAGUAUAGCCAUCACUGGUGAAGUACAGUAUGUGGAUGCGGUGAGACCCUAGAAGCUCCCAACCCCUGGAACAGGGUCGUUUGACACCAUAGAACCCAGCAAGAUCAGCUCAUCUUGGCCAAACAGCUGUUUUUCAUGGCUGUCUCCAGGACUUUCAGUCCCUUUUUGACCAAGUACCAGACUGACGAGCCCAUGAUGCCAUUCCUCCUCAAAGACUUGGCUGAGUUGAUCAAGGUAAUGAUUUAAAUUCUAGUACUGCGCAACUUGAUAUUCCCAUUUGAUUUCCACUCUCAUCACUGAUUGUAAUAUUGAUGAUAUGACGCUAUGAUAGAGGUGACAACAAAGAUAAGUUGGAAAUCUACAUGGGUUUUUUUGAAUAAUGUGGUUAAAACCAGCAUUUGCACUACAUUUUGAGUUUUCCGUUUGCAGAGUUUGUUUAGGCGUUCUGUCAAGAUGGAGUUCCUCCACUGCAGAUGAUCAGACUGGAUGAUGUUGCCCAAAAGAAUGGGGUCCGCCUGAAGGAAGUUGACAUAGGCUUGGGUGCCGAGUCAGUCCUCAAGAGCACCUUCUACUCAAGAGACUAGUUUUAUUGAAAAGAUGAAGAAAACAGGUAGGAACAUCGUGGUAUUCUACGGCUCUCAGACAGGCACGGGCGAGGAGUUUGCCAACCGGCUGUCCAAAGACGCCCAGCGCUACGGCAUGAAGGGUAUGGCCGCCGACCCCGAGGAAUACGACAUGUCUGAGCUGUCCCGUCUGGCUGAGAUUGGCAACUCCCUGGCCAUCUUCUGCAUGGCCACUUACGGUGAGGGAGACCCCACAGACAACGCGCAGGACUUCUAUGACUGGCUGCAGGAGACCGACGGGCAAUUGGAUGGAGUCAACUAUACUGUGUUUGCAUUGGGCAACAAGACAUAUGAACACUACAAUGCCAUGGGGGCGUACGUAGACAAGAGGCUGGAGGAACUGGGAGCCAAGAGGGUCUUCGACCUGGGCAUGGGAGACGACGACGGCAACCUGGAGGAGGACUUUGUGACAUGGAGGGAGCAGUUCUGGCCAGCCAUGUGUGAGCACUUUGGAGUGGAGGCUUCAGGAGAGGACUCCAGCGUUCGUCAGUAUGAGCUCAAGGAGCAUAAUGACAUCAACAUGAACAAGGUGUACACAGGAGAGUUGGGCCGUCUGAAGAGCUUUGAGACCCAGAAACCUCCUUUUGAUGCAAAAAACCCCUUCCUGGCUCCAGUCACUGUUAACCGCAAGCUCAACAAAGCAGGUGACAGGCAUCUCAUGCACCUUGAAGUGGACAUUACAGGCUCCAAGAUUAGAUAUGAGUCGGGAGACCACGUUGCCGUCUACCCUACCAAUGACACAGUGAUCGUGAACAGGCUGGGACAGAUCCUUGGCGUGGACCUUGAUUCCGUUAUCUCUCUCAACAACCUUGAUGAGGAGUCCAAUAAGAAGCACCCAUUCCCUUGCCCCACCACCUAUCGUACGGCUCUGACCCACUACCUGGACAUCAUCCAUCCGCCUCGCACCAACGUCCUGUAUGAGCUGGCCCAGUACGCCACUGACCUCAAGGACCAGGAGAACAUGCGCAAGAUGGCCUCGUCUGCUCCCGAGGGCAAGGCUCUGUACCAGAGUUUUGUGCUGGAAGACAACAGGAACAUCCUGGCCAUCUUGGAGGAUCUGCCUUCCUUGCGGCCUCCCAUCGACCACCUGUGUGAGCUCAUGCCCCGUUUGCAGGCUCGCUACUACUCCAUUGCCUCCUCCUCCAAGGUCCACCCCAAUAGCAUCCACAUCUGUGCUGUGCUGGUGGAAUACACAACUAAAACCGGGCGCCUCACAAAGGGAGUGGCCACCACCUGGCUGAAGAACAAACUGGUUGCGGACAACGCCCACAAGUCCACGGUCCCCAUGUACAUCCGCAAGUCCCAGUUCCGCCUGCCCUUCAAGGCCAGCAACCCAGUUAUCAUGGUCGGUCCUGGGACCGGCAUCGCUCCCUUCAUGGGCUUCAUCCAGGAGCGUGGGUGGCUCAAAGAGCAAGGCAAGGAGGUGGGGGAGACGGUCUUGUACUGUGGCUGCAGGCACAAGGAGGAGGACUAUCUGUACCAGGAGGAGUUGGAGGAGGCUGAGAAGACGGGUGUCAUCACGAAGCUCAACGUGGCUUUCUCUCGGGACCAGGAGCAAAAGGUGUACGUGCAGCAUCUCCUGAGGACCAACAAGGUGGACUUGUGGAGGCAGAUCCACACAGACAAUGCACACAUAUACAUCUGCGGGGAUGCGCGGAACAUGGCCAGGGAUGUGCAGACAGCUUUCUAUGAGAUAGCAGAGGAGCUGGGCGGCAUGACACGCACUCAGGCCACCGACUACAUCAAGAAACUGAUGACCAAGGGACGGUACUCGCAGGACGUCUGGAGCUAAAACACCUAGGAUCCAACCACAUCCUAUGUUUGUUUGUUUUUAGACUUGCAUUGUUAUUUGUGUCAGUUUGUAUCAGCAACGGUUAUAAUGGGUCACCAACCCUGGUACUGGAGAGCUACCGGUUGUGCCGGCUUUUGUUCCCGCCAAGCACUAAAACAUCGGAUUCUAUUAAUUGCCUUAUCAUGACCUUGAUUAGCUGAGAUGGGUGUGUUUGUGUCAGGCUAGAAUAAAAGCCUACACAUUGGGACCAGGAUUUGUGACCACUGGGGAAGGAUAUCGCUGGUUGUUUUUAUUCCAUGGAGCAACACAAGCACUCAACAAUGCACCACAAUAACAGUCGGUCAUCCUCAUUCAGAUGAUUUAUUGAUAUUCUAUGUCAGUCGGCCAUCAGUUUGGUAGUGUCAAAUGUAGUAUCACAUUUGUUGAUGUUUAUCUUUUGCAGGAGAAAGAACGUUUGAUAAUGAUAUACUGUAGCUGUACAUAAUUGUACAAAGUGAGGAGGUGGGUUUAAAUACAAAACUCAUACAGUGCAAGUCUCUUCUUUAGGAAGUUGACCUAAUCUGGGUACUCAAGUGUAUUCCGAAUACAUGAUAAAUAUUUUAGAUUUGAGAAAUAAAAAGUGAGAACUUUUUGUCUACGAAAUCAGUAACUGAAAAGCUUAGUGUUUGUUUAUAGUACCUUUUGCAUUUGGAUAAGCGAUAUAGCCUUUUAUGCAAUGAUGUUACUGUACAUUUCUAAUCAAUCACAGUAACCCUUAGCAAGGCAUGAUAAAAGUAUAAUUUUGCAAUUCAGUAGUCAAGCCCUCUAUUGAGGAGAAAUUAUUAGCUUUUAUUUUCCACAAGACUGCCUUUUAAAUAUAUCAAAGAAAAAAUAUUUUUAGGUUCCCUGUAGUAUUUGUAUACAUGAUGCAAGUAAGCAUCAAAGGGGAAUGGGUAAAUAAUGUGCAUAUUUCGACUUAAAUUCUCUGCAUUAUCCAGUUUACAAUGAAACAAAAACUGAACACGUACACCACUUAGUAGCAAGCAUUCAAAUGUACAUGUUUCUUUAUCAUGCAAACCUCGCACUGUACCCUGAGAAUGUAGAGUUCUACAGCUUGUUGGCUUUGAGUGUCAACUUUAUUUUAUUUUCUAUGUACUAUUGCACACUAAUCAGUGUAAGUACUGGAUGAUAUCACACUUAUCUAUGAAAUUUGGCAUAUCCUUUCUUCACUUCACUGAAAACUAAGGGCAAGGUUGUCAACUUGUGGAAAUAGUAAACCCGUUUUGGCCCGUAAGCCAAGCAAAGCAUAUCAAUUUGUAAAUUCAGUGUGUGCCUUAUUGAAAUUGGUGCCUGACUUAAAUGUAGAAGGUUUUUUGGAUGCAUUACUGUAAAGGCAAUUUUUCAAAAAUAUUGGAGAAAAACCAUAUUAUGAAGACAUUCAUGUAACUUUUUUGUCCACAUUCCAUUUUAUAAUACAGUAAGUGUCAACUAAAUGAAUGUAUCUAAGCAUAUCCUUUUAAAAUUAAUAAAAAACAUAUAAAAUAUUGUUAACA